AUGAUGAAGAAUACGUUACCGAAGGACAAACCAGGCAAGAUGCGAAUCAGAGCCUUCCCAAUGACUAUGGAUGAAAAGUAUGUGGAAAGUAUAUGGAGCUUGCUAAAAAAUGCAAUACAGGAGAUUCAAAAGAAAAACAAUUCUGGGCUUUCUUUUGAAGAGCUUUAUCGCAAUGCAUAUACUAUGGUUCUUCACAAGCAUGGUGAAAGGCUCUACACAGGACUAAAGGAAGUGGUCACUCAGCAUCUUGAAACAAAGGUCAGAGAAGAUGUAUUGCACUCUUUACACAAUGGAUUCCUUCAAACACUUAAUAAUGCUUGGACAGACCAUCAAACUAGUAUGGUGAUGAUUCGGGAUAUACUUAUGUACAUGGAUAGAGUGUAUGUACAACAAAACGAAGUGGAUAAUGUCUAUAAUCUCGGACUCAUUAUUUUUAGAGAUCAGGUGGUUCGCUAUGGGUGCAUCCGUGACCACCUAAGACAGACACUGCUGGAACUUGUGGCACGCGAGCGCCGAGGCGAGGUUGUAGACCGACUGGCCAUCCGCAAUGCAUGUCAAAUGCUCAUGGUUCUAGGAAUCAAUUCACGCACUGUCUAUGAAGAAGACUUCGAGAAACCAUUCUUGCACCAGUCCUCAGAAUUUUAUAGGAUGGAAUCUCAAAAGUUUUUGGCGGAGAAUAGCGCAGCAGUGUAUAUAAACCGUGUGGAGGCUCGUAUCGCCGAGGAGGCGGAGCGAGCGCGCCACUACCUCGACGAGAGCACUGAACCUCGCGUUGUGUCGGUGCUGGAGCAUGAGCUCAUUGAGAGACAUAUGAAAACUAUUGUCGAAAUGGAGAACUCCGGAGUGGUGCACAUGCUGAUGCACACGCGCACGCUGGAGCUGGCGUGCGUGUACAAGCUGCUGUCGCGCGUGGCCGAGGGGCUGCGCACCGUAGCCGACGCCGUGUCGGCGCACCUGCGCGAGCAGGGCCGCGCGCUCGUCACCGACACGCACCACAACACUAACGCCAUCACUUUCGUGCAGAAUUUACUGGACUUAAAGGACAGAUUUGAUCAUUUUCUCCAAAAUUCGUUCAACAAUGACAAAAUUUUCAAACACAUGAUAGCAUCGGACUUCGAAUAUUUCCUUAAUUUGAACAGUAAAUCGCCCGAAUUUUUAUCACUGUUCAUUGACGGAAAAUUGAAGAAGGGCGAGAAAGGGAUGAGUGAACAAGAAAUCGAAGCGGUGUUGGACAAAACAAUGGUACUGUUUAGAUUCUUACAAGAGAAGGAUGUGUUCGAACGUUAUUAUAAGCAGCACUUAGCCAAGCGGUUAUUACUCAACAAAUCUGUAUCUGACGAUAGUGAGAAAAAUAUGAUCUCAAAAUUGAAGACUGAAUGCGGCUGUCAGUUCACAUCUAAACUUGAAGGAAUGUUUAAAGACAUGACUGUAUCUAACACCAUCAUGGAAGAGUUCAAAGAGCAUGUGCUGUCAUCUGGAAUCAAUCUUCACGGAGUCGACUUGUCAGUGCGUGUAUUAACAACUGGAUUCUGGCCGACACAGAGCGCUACCCCAAAAUGCAAUAUACCAUCGGCACCACGAAAUGCGUUCGAGGUGUUUAGAAGCUUUUACCUGGCGAAGCACUCGGGGCGGCAGCUGUCGCUGCAGCCGCAGCUGGGCAGCGCGGACCUGAACGCGACGUUCCGCUCGGCCGCCACGUCGCCGCCGCGCUCGCCGCCCGCGCCCGCGCAGCCCGCGCCGCGCCGCCACAUCAUACAGGUCUCCACCUUCCAGAUGUGCGUGCUGCUGCUCUUCAACAAGCGCGAGCGGCUCACCUAUGAGGAGAUACUUAACGAGACUGACAUUCCGGAGAAGGACCUCGUACGAGCCCUCCAAUCGUUGGCCAUGGGUAAACCGACCCAGAGGGUGCUCAUCAAGCAGCCGAAGACUAAAGAAAUCGAACCCUCUCAUCAAUUUUACGUGAAUGACGCCUUCACAUCUAAGUUACAUAGAGUUAAGAUCCAGACAGUUGCAGCUAAAGGUGAAUCAGAACCAGAGCGACGCGAGACACGCAACAAAGUUGAUGAAGAUCGUAAACAUGAAAUUGAAGCUGCUAUCGUCCGUAUUAUGAAAGCUAGGAAGAAAAUGGCGCACACGCUCCUGGUAGCCGAAGUGACGGAACAGCUACGCGCCCGCUUCCUGCCGUCGCCAGUGGUUAUCAAGAAGCGCAUCGAAGGGCUCAUUGAGCGAGAGUACCUCGCCCGCACGCCGGACGACCGCAAAGUCUACACUUACGUCGCAUAG